AUGCCUUCCGACUAUUAUGCGGCUCUUGGAGUAUCUAGCAUAGCAUCACAAGACGAGAUUAAGAAGCAGUACAAGAAACUUGCCAUAAAGUUCCAUCCUGACAAGACAAAGGAUAAGGACCACCACCAGAAGUUCUUGCUCAUAAGGGAGGCAUAUGACACGCUAAAAGAGGAGGAGCUGCGACAGAAAUACAAUCGUGAAAAAGGAAUUGGGCUAUCACUGCGGCCAUCAACAACAUUUUCCAGAGAAACGACUUCUGGCUCCGAUUUCCCGUCCCAUUCACGCUAUCAAUACCUGCGUACGUCGUAUGGUGACACCCCUUUUGGCUCGUCCUUCUACGACUUUUACCAGCGCAGCUCCAGAAUGUAUAACGACCAUUUUAGCAGAACGUCUCGUCGUGAAGCAGCAAGGGAAAACGAUGACAAGGCGGCAAUGUACGCCGAAAUCACGCGUCAAAAAAUAAGGGAGGAUCAGGAGCGCAGACAGGCUGAGUACAUGAGAAAUGCACGCAAGCAGCGUGAAGAAGAGGAGCUCCGAAAAAAAAUGGAAGAGUCUGUACGCCGGCAGAAACAAGAGAAGAUGGCGGCGCAGACAGCACAAGAAGCUUUUGCGAAAAGCCAAGGGUUUGGCGACGCAAAAGCUGAGUAUGAGCAUGCAAAAUCAGAGGCUUAUUGUAAGGCACGUUAUGAUGAGAGUCAAUACCACAAUUCUCGUCACACAAGCGUCCCACAUGAAUUCAUAGUAGUCGAAGACGAAGAAGACGAGAGUGAAAGUGACAGUCAAACAGAUAGCGAGAAAGGAAGCUAUUAUGACAGCGAAGUAACAAACUCGAACGUGAAGCAAGAAUUCUCAACGGGGUUUGAGCCUCUGACAGGAGGCAGCCCGGAGAAUCUAAGCAAUGAAGGAGAGGAGGCGAAUGAAGAUAAUGACGAUAUGGCCGACAACUCAGAGGCGGAAAGAACGAAUGAAAUGGAAAGCGAUGGACAAGAAGAUCAAACCGGUAGUGCGUUUGGCGAAAGUGUUCCCCCCGCAGAAGCAACUGGCGAUUAUACAAAUACGUCAUUUCCUCCUGGUUCCGAAGAGGAAACUAGACCGCAAUCAUCAAGUGAGUCUUCGCGUACACGCUCUUACUCACUGGCCCAACAGCCUCAAACCAGCUUUGAUGAAAGGCUCAUGGGGUCAUACAAUGGCCCGAAGAAGCCACGUCUCUCAAACUUUGCCGAUUUGAAAGACUCACUCAAUACCUUUCUUGACGAUGUGGACUUCUCGGACAUACGAAGCACUUUACCUGACUACCCUCCGCGUACGAGGAAGGCAAGCUCUUCUACAACAUCACAUCCCCACAAACGAGCUAGAUUUGCCGAAUACGCUGAUGGAAAGUCCAAUGCCGAGACCCUUCAUACGCCAGUAAAUAAGGGGUUCGUGCGAGAUUCCACUGCCACCAUUUCGGUCUCUGAUUUGUCUCCGAAGAUGGAUGAUUCUGCGCUAAUAUUUUCAGCUAACAUACCUUCAUUGACAGUGAGCGAGGACACAAAAAAGACAGACUGGGAUGAAUAUGUACAUCAAAUCCUAGAGUAUCAACAGAAGUUUGCAAACUAUAGGAAAGCUGUCAUGGGCUACCAGAUGGGAAGACUUAAUAAGGACGAGCGUCAUCAUAACAUUAUUUAUUCAGAUACGUCAUGUCUUGAUGUCUACCAGUCAUGCUUGUUCAACGACGUGCUAUUGUUGCAAAAUUUUACACGUGCAAUGCAGGAAUUCCGCCAAACGCUUCGGACAUUCCAUAUCAAUUUUGAGGCUGUGAACAAAAUGAGGGGUAAGAUUCGAUAG